CUCAAAGUUGGACUGAGUUUCUUGAGUGACUGACGGGCCCCCUCCCCCUUCAGGGUCCUGCCCACCACUGCUACGCACAAGGAAAGCUACGUGGACUAACCAUUUAAGCAGAAGUCUGUGAGGAGGUCAGGCACAAGCUUUCAAUCCUUCACCAAGGUGCGUCCACACUCGAAGACACUUUGCGCAACGCUCUUGGCCUCCCUCAGCGAGCGAAACGACAUGUCUGACACCUCCGGUAGCGACCCGUCCACCGCCCUUCCCGCUCCCGCCGGGCCCCGCCUGAAGGUGAGCAGCCGAGGCCGCAGCGCAGGUCCCGCCGCCAACUCCAACUCGGACGAGUCCGACAUCCCCGAGUUUGAGCUGUUCGGCGCCGUCGGGCCCAGAGGACUUCCGCCUUUGACCGAGUUUCUGGACAUCUGGGACGUGGACAUGAUGAAGAGCCGAGACCAAGCCAACAAGAUUGAGCACCACACGGCCCCGUACAAUAGCGAUUAUCUGAUCAUUCGUCGCGGGCAAGAGUUCCAAGUCAACAUCACCUUUAACCGCCCGUAUGAGCCAAACAAGGACAAGUUUGCCGUGGAGUUUGUUAUCGGUUCCAGUCCUCAAUACAGCAAGAACACCUACAUUCCCGUCUUCGCCGACGGGGACAAACAGAGCUCCUGGCCGGGCCGCGUCAUCAAGAGCUGGGAGAACGUGCUGAGCGUGGGCGUCACGCCCGCCGCCAACUGCAUCGUGGGCAAGUACCAGCUGUACGUGGCCGUGGCGACCCCGUACGGCAUCCGCAGGACCAAGCGGGACAAGAGCCGUUCCGUCUAUGUUCUCUUCAACCCCUGGAUGGCGGCCGACGCUGUCUUCCUGGACGACCACGCCGAGCGGGACGAGUGCGUGAUGACCGAGACGGGAAUCAUCUACCACGGUUCCCAUGACGACAUCGCCGAGAGACACUGGAACUAUGGCCAGUUCAACUAUGGCGUUCUGGAUGCGUGCCUGUACAUCCUGGACCGGUGCCAGAUGCCCCUCGUCAACAGAGGCGACCCCAUCAAGGUGGCCAGACAGGCCUCCGCCAUGCUGGACUCCCGCGACGACGACGGCGGCGUGCUGGUGGGGAACUGGAGCGGCGACUACACGUACGGCGUGGCGCCCACCGCCUGGACCGGCAGCACGGAAAUCCUCCUCGCCUACGCUAACGGCAAGACGCCCGUGGGCUACGCGCAGUGCUGGGUCUACGCCGCCGUCUUCAACACAUUCCUGCGCUGCCUGGGGAUUCCGUCGCGGGUCGUCACCAACUACUUCUCGGCCCACGACAACGACGGCAACCUGAGGUCGGACGUCAUCCUGGACGAAAACGGUCGGAUCGAUCGCAGCCGGACCAAGGACUCCAUCUGGAACUAUCACUGCUGGAACGAGUGCUACAUGUCCAGACCGGACCUGCAGCUCGGCUUCGGCGGCUGGCAGGUUGUGGACGCCACGCCGCAGGAGACCAGCGAUGGCUUGUACAGAUGCGGGCCGGCGUCCGUCUACGCCAUCAAACACGGCGAAAUCUGCUUCCCCUUCGACGCCGCCUUUGUAUUUGCCGAGGUGAACAGCGACAUGGUGUUUUACACCCGGAGCAAAGACGGCACCACGGUGCCGGUCAAGGUGAAUCGCAGCCACGUCGGCCGUUUGGUUCUGACCCAAGCUCCCGGCGGCUCGAGUCGCCGUGACAUCACGGAUCAGUACAAGUUCCCCGAAGGCAGCGCCGAGGAGCGCACGGUCCUGGAGAAAGCCGAGGCGUACAGCUGCAAACGGGAGAAGGCCGACCUGCCUCCGGGGGACGUGGACCUGGUCCUGUCCAACGCGGACGUCAGCGUGGGCCGCGACUUUGAGCUGAAUCUGAAGUUGGUCAAUCGAAGCGACGCUCGGCGGACGGUGGAAGCGUACGUCAGCGGCACCGUGCUCUACUACACCGGCGUCAUCAGCUCCGAGUUCCUCUUCACCACGCCCUCCGUCAAGAUCGGGCCCAACGGCUUUGCUAAGGAAUCGGUGGCGGUGGAGGCCAAGCAGUACAUGAAGUCGCUGGUGGAGCAGUCCACCCUGCACUUCGUGGUGACGGGGAAGGUUGUGGAGACGGGACAGAUUGUCAGCGCCAUGAAAAUUGUCCGCCUGCACAAUCCCAAACUCACGGUCAAGGUGACGGGCCCCGGCAAGGUCAGCGAGGAGAUGAUGGCCACGGUGGAGUUCAGCAACCCCUUGAGCACCAGCCUGGAGGACGUCUACAUUCGCAUGGAAGGAGCCGGGCUCAUGCUUCCCACGUCCAAAUAUUACAGGGUUAUCAGCGGAGGCGCGUCUCUCACCUGGAGCGAGUUCUUCACCCCGCAGCGAGCAGGCGCCAGCAGGCUGAUCGCCACCUUGGACUGUCGCGCUCUCACGCAGGUCCAAGGCCAGGCCACGUUCACGGUGGAGGCCUGAGGAAAGGCCAAAACCUCCUGCUAUGUUCUCUCCCUCCGCGCUGUCUUUGUGAAAUAAAUAACUGGCAGCUGGCCGUGUCUA